UGGAGAGGGGCCGUCACAGGAGCCUGAAGGGAAAGUGCAUAAUGAAGAGAGCACAACAAACCCUGCUCCCCUUUGGGAAGAAGAUAGUAAGGCAAGAAGAGGACAAGAGGGGGAGAAAAGGAAAGGAAGUGAGUCUACAUGCCUGGUGACUGGCUUCCUGCCCUCAUCUACUGGCUCUGAUUGCCUUCAUAUCUCCAUAUCUGUACUGUACUCUGCUGUCCCUGCCCUCUCGAAGCCUGAAGCAGAGACAAACAACCACUGUCCCUUCAUCCUGCUGGACAGUGAGGACAGUGAAGAUGAAACCAGCCAGGAGGAGCAGCCGACCACCAACUGGAACGAGCUGUCCAUCAUAGAGCGUGUGGGCCUCAACAGUGUGGAGAUGUCAGAGAAAGAUUUGGAGUCGGCCUUCGCUCAGAUCGCCAUGGCCUUCCGCUGUGAUCAGUACACCCUGAAGCAGCGGCUGCAGGCCGAGGAGCACGACCGCAACCUGGCUGAGGAGAACGUCCAGCUGGAGCUGACCAGAGGCAGGGAGACCCUGGAGACACUGAAGGGCCUGUGUAUGGACAGUAAGCGCAGUAAGAUCCUGCAGAGGCUGGAGCUGUCUCUGGACAUCCUCGGUGGAACCGUGGAGCGAAUCUCCAACACGGCUGAGGUCCUCGGUGCUGUGCACCAGGAGGCUCGAGUGAGCCGGGCUGUCGAGCUCAUGGUGGCUCACGUGGACAAUCUGACGAAACGACAUGACAGAAACAUGGCGGAGCUGGAGGAGGCCAAGAAGGCGAUCCAGCAGCAGAACCCCUGCAGGACCAUCACUGACCCCAGAGCAUCUCCAGAUCCAGACGACAGUGACAGCAGAAGGAGGAGUUAUCAGCAGAGCAACAGCCGGAGAAGAGUCAGCAUAUCAGUCAUUUCCAGUAACAGCCAUGAGAAGAUAAUGCGACAGCUGAGGAAGCGAGCCAAGGAGGGAGGAUCAUCAGACAAGAAGUCUGGCCGCUCUCAAUCAGUGAGCUCCGAGUCCAGCUGCUCUGCCAUCAACACAGCAGAUGACAGGCCACCGGAUCCUGAAGAAGCUCCGCCAGAAGCUUCAGCUGCUCAGCCUCCUCCUGAACCCCCUGCCACCCCCACCCCAGAGUGCCUCCCAUCAAAGCAACCGGCCACCAAGAAGACACAAAACAAAAAUUCCUCUCUGGAUACUCUGCGACACAGACACAAGGGCAGAUCUGCCCUUUCAAAGAAAAAAGCUGACAGGGAUAGAAAGACUACAAAUCUUUUCAGACGGCUCUCUGUGGGCACGUAUGGACCCUCUUGCAGACAACAUCCUCUGGCACACUGGCUGCAUCGCUGUCGCUGGGCGCUUUUCUGCGUGUACCUGUGUGCACUCAUCUGUGUCGUGACACUGACCUACUUCUUGUUGGAAGCUUCAUGAUGGAGAAUCUGUUUUCUGAAUAUACAGUGAUCAAGAUGUUGUCUCAGUUCUGUGAGCAGCAAGUUUGUGAAACUGUUUGUUUAUGAGUACAAAACAUUUGAUUUACA